AUAUCAAGAGUAAAAGCGUAUUUGGUGGAGGGCAAAAUCCACAUUUUUUUGUAAUUCCUUUGCUAAAAUAACUUGGAGACAGAGGUAUACCAGAGAACUCGGCGUUUAUCUUUCCGCUUCCCUCAUAGCUUGCUGCUGCUGCGACCCGUGUGUCACCUGGAUAGUCAUUGAAACUCAUUCAAGAAUUAUAUUUGAAUUUAUACUGCUUGUUUAAGACAUGUCUUUUAUAACAAUUUCAGAAGAAAGCCAUUUUCCAAUACAAAAUCUUCCCUACGGUGUUUUUUCUGUGGGUUCGUCACCUUCAAGGAUUGGUGUAGCAAUUGGUGAUUAUGUGUUGGAUUUAAAUGAAGUUAAACAUCUAUUUAAUGGACCUGUGUUAAGCAGCAAGCAGCAUGUGUUCAGUGAGACAACCUUAAAUUCAUUUAUGUCUCAUGGAAGAAGUGCAUGGAAAGAGGCAAGAGAAAAACUGCAACAAAUUCUUUCAAAAGAUGAGGGAAUUUUACGUGAUGAUUCAACCCUGAGAGAAAAAGCAUUAAUUCCAAGAAGUAAAGUUCAGAUGCACCUUCCAGCAAAAAUAGGUGACUACACCGACUUUUAUUCUUCAAGAGAGCAUGCUACUAAUGUUGGUACUAUGUUUAGAGGAAAAGAAAAUGCACUCAUGCCGAACUGGUUGUAUCUUCCAGUUGGAUACCAUGGGAGAGCCUCUUCAGUUGUUGUCUCCGGUACACCUGUACGUAGACCAUGUGGACAAUCGCGAUCAGAUGACACUAAACCACCAGUAUUUGGAGCUUGCAAAAUUAUGGAUUUUGAACUAGAAAUGGCUUUUUUCUGUGGACCAGCCAACAAAUUAGGUGAACCAAUAACAGCUGCAAAUGCUCAUGAACAUAUUUUUGGAUUCACUCUUAUGAAUGACUGGAGCGCUCGUGACAUUCAGAAAUGGGAGUACGUACCGCUGGGUCCAUUUACAGCGAAGAAUUUUGCCACCACCAUCUCGCCUUGGAUUGUCACGGUGGAUGCGCUAAUGCCUUUUGCAAUUGACAAUGUGAAACAGGAACCUGAAGUAUUUCCUUACUUAAAACAUGAUGAUCCGUUUCGAUUUGAUGUUCACCUGGAAGUUGCCAUUAAAGGAGAGGGUCGGGAGAAAGCUGGUGUUGUUUGUAAGUCGAAUCUGAAGAAUAUGUACUGGACGGCUAAACAGCAAUUAGCCCAUCAUACUGUAACCGGAUGUAACAUUCAACCUGGCGAUUUAAUGGGUUCUGGUACAAUUAGCGGCUCGGAGCAAGAAUCGUUUGGUAGCAUGCUUGAGCUGUCAUGGAAAGGUAGUCGUGAAGUAUCAAUUGGAAAUGGUGAAGUGCGCAAGUUCUUAAAAGACGGCGAUGACGUUGUAAUGACGGGCUAUGCACAAGGGAUUGGUUAUCGUGUCGGUUUUGGAGAAUGCACAGGCACAGUUUUACCAGCCCUGUCAUCAUAAAGGCUUGAUACACAAUGUUUGACAAUUCUGCAGACUGUAGAAGAAUAUUCAGUCAUCGCAAGCAGCUUUGAAAUACACAUGGUAAAAGUCGCUUCAUUAUAAAUGACGAAUUGUAACUAGAUAUAAUUAACAUAACCAAGGAUGUAAUGUUUUUUUGUCGUAAAGACGACAAAAUGUUUUUGUUACCGUAUUAAGGUGUCGGAUAAUCGACAUUAUUUAAA